AGAAAGUGACAGAGAGAUGCCAUUACAUUACAAAUUUGAUUUGGAUUUCUCCGCUACAGGGUACAUACUGGCCAGGUGCUCACUCUCCCUUCCCUCCUUCCUGGCUCUUCUCCCCAGGAUCAUCUUUGUCAGUUUAUGAGCACUGUUGUCAGCAGUCGUCACUUCUUCACUCCUUCCGGCUACCAGGCCGUAGAAUCCCCGGCAUUGUCCUCUCUCUUCUUUCUCCUCUUCCCCCCCCCCCCCCCCCCCAUCUAAUCCACAUCCCACAACCACCACACUCAACCCACUCCUAAAGAAAACUGAAAACCCAACAAAGCAAACCCAGAUGGACCACUGCUAUUGGUGCUCCACUUUCAACACUGUCACCCUUCUUCUUCUGCUUCUUACCAGUAGAGGUGUUUCAGGUGCAACAUUCACAUUUGUGAACAGGUGUGACUACACCGUGUGGCCAGGCAUUCUCGCCAAUGCAGGCAGCCCUAGGCUCGACACCACCGGAUUCGAGCUCCCCAAGGAAACCUCACGCUCCUUCCAAGCCCCUACGGGCUGGUCUGGUCGGUUCUGGGGUCGGACCGGGUGCAAUUUCGACGGAUCUGGGUCCGGGUCUUGUCUGACCGCCGACUGCGGGUCCGGCCAAGUCGAGUGCAAUGGGCUUGGAGCAGCCCCGCCCGCGACUCUAGCGGAGUUCACACUCGGGUCGGGUGGUCAGGAUUUCUAUGACGUGAGCCUGGUGGACGGGUAUAACCUGCCCAUGAUCGUGGAAGGCUCGGGCGGGGCGGGUCUCUGCGCCCCCACCGGUUGCAUCUCGGACCUGAACCAACAGUGCCCCCCGGAGCUGAGGGUCGGGAACGGAGACGCGUGCAAGAGCGCCUGCGAGGCGUUCGGGAGCCCGGAAUACUGUUGCAGCGGCGCGUACGGCUCUCCCGCCACUUGCAGGCCGUCGGUGUACUCCGAAAUGUUCAAGGCCGCGUGCCCAAAGUCGUAUAGCUACGCGUACGAUGAUGCUACGAGUACGUUCACGUGUACCGCUGCCGAUUAUACGGUGACGUUUUGCCCUUCCUCUCCAAGUCAGAAAUCUUCAAAUCCAACGCCAAUGACAUCAACAGCAUCCUCACAGGGGGGGUCCGGGUCAGAAUACUCCGUUCCUGGGACAGGUUAUUCGGUUUCUGGGUCCGGGUCCGGGUCAGUACCAGGAUCACAAUCAGGAUCUGGAUCUGAAUCUGGAUCUGGAGAAGCCAUGUUUGCAGAUGGGUCAUAUUUAGCUGGUCUAGCCAUGGGAGACUCAUCCAGAACACUCUCUCCUUCUGCUCUACAGUCUGCAUUGAUAUCCUGGGCUACUCUGUCUCUUACCCUCUCAAUGCUUUACUUGUAAGACACAGAUUCCGGCAAUUUUGUUGUUCGGCUUGUUAACAAUUUAAUUUAUGGUCUAAAUUGUUAGCGAUUCGAGCAGAAAGCGGGAAUUGCGAGAGUUUUUACGAGAACCACUUGUCUGAUUAAAUAAUUGAACAGAUAAAUCUUCUCACAGCUCUCUCAUGAUUCCUGUAUGACAGAAAAUUGCUGGAAAUUUCAAUCUUUUGCUUGGGUGUAGGCCAUCCUGCUUGACCUCAUUUCAUGGCUUUUGCUUGUGUGAGUGCAUCUUGGAUUUGCAGCCUUAGUGGGUACUGGGGUGGGGCUUUUGGCCUUUUCUCAAAAAAGCUGACAGAUUCCUCCGGAUUGUAAACCAUCCACUCCCUAGGGUUCCCCCCAAAAAUAUUCAGUGUUAUAUAUAACAUUAAAGGUGUUUGUUUUGCUAUUUAUUUAUGGAAAUAUUACAUUCAAGCU